AUGGCUACUGAAGAAUCCACCAACGCACUUUUAAAAAUGGGCGUUUACAAAGAAAGCCCUUCAAAAUCAACAAAAAUGACUUCAAAGGAUGAAGUUCAAACAGUAUCAAUUAAAUUUAUGUUUUCUAGUGGACAACAAAAUAUGCUUCCAGGACUUCCUUCUACUCCUCAACAAAAACAGGAUUCAGUAACGAUCCAUUCUGGUCCUUUACCUAUCCAACCAGCACCACACACUCCUCAACAUGGUGUUACGCCACAAUCCCAACAGCAUACUCCGUUAAGGCCUAAUCUAUCUGCGACAACGACACCUCAGACAACACCAAGUGGUAAACCUCCCGUCGGUAGUGACGAAUGGCAUCGACAACGUCGCGAGAAUCACAAAGAGGUUGAGCGUCGUCGCCGUGAUACGAUCAACGCUGGUAUUAAUGAUUUAGCCAAGAUCGUACCUGGUUGUGAGAAAAAUAAAGGAAGUAUUCUCAAUAGGGCGGUUCAAUAUAUUCAACAGCUUAAAGAGAAUGAGGCUGCGAACAUCGAAAAGUGGACAUUGGAGAAAUUGUUAACAGAUCAAGCCCUUCAGGAAUUACAAACACAAGUUGAGAUGCUUAAAUCUGAAAAUGGGAGACUUAGGGCAGAACUAGAAGAAUUACAGGGUCCAUCAAAAAAGAAGCAACGAACUGAUUGA